AUGGCCCACGAUCAGAAUAUUUUGCGAUCCCGCUUCUGUCAUGCACUUUCGGAAAUGUACAAGAGUGAAGUGCCCCUCUACGGUGAUUUAAUCAAUGUAGUCUGGGAGGCAGACGCGAAAACGGUCCAAAACAGCCAGAAUAUUGAAGGUGAUGGCGCUAUCAAUCCAGAUGAUAUUUUGCCCGCCCGGCAUCGUGUUGAGAGACACGGAGCCAUCCGACUAGGUACAGCACAUGAACUGAAGACCAUUCGUCGCAUGUUUGCGGUGAUGGGCAUGCACCCUGUGGGCUACUACGACCUCAGUCUUGCGGGAUUCCCCAUGCACGCUACCGCCUUCCGGCCAAAUACCCAAGAGGCGCUCGAUAAGAACCCAUUUCGCGUGUUCACAACAGUCUUGCGCAUGGAACUAUUGACUGAAAGAACCCGGAAACUAGCACAGAAAGCGCUGGAGCAGAGAAAGAUCUUCACGCCCAGACUUCUUGCCCUGUUGGAUAUCGCAGAGAGCCAGGGCUUUUUGACACCAGAUCAAUGCACAGAGCUUAUCAGCAAUGGUCUAGAGACAUUCCGAUGGCAUUCGAAAGCAACAAUCACCCUUGAAGAAUACGAGCAGCUCAAGGCUGAACAUCCUCUAAUUGCGGACGUUGUCUCUUUCCCUGGCUCCCAUAUCAACCACUUAACGCCUCGAACGAUUGAUAUUGAUAUUGUACAACAAUUGAUGGCGGAUCAUGGAAUGCCUGUCAAAGAGCGAAUCGAGGGGCCGCCAAAACGAUCGUGUCCAAUUCUUCUGCGGCAAACAAGCUUCAAGGCGCUGGAGGAAACUGUUUAUUUCAAGGAUCUGACUGGUUUAUAUGUGAAGGGCACCCACACAGCACGCUUUGGUGAAGUGGAGCAGCGAGGCUUCGCUUUGACCCGAGAAGGACGCCGGCUUUAUGAUCGAAUCUUGGACCGAGUCAAUGCAGAAUCUGUGAAUGGCUUGAAAGGAACGGCCUAUGACAAGCUACUGGAGGAUCACUUCAAAGAGUUUCCUGAUGAUCUGUCAGAACUUCACGACCUAAGACUGGGAUAUUUUACCUAUCAGUUGACACCACUGGGUCAUCAGUUGGCUAACGAAAGCGUUCUAUUAUCGGGGGAGCAACGGUCUCCACUUUCACUCCAAGAUCUUCUCAAAAAGAAGAUCUUGAGUUAUGAGGCCAUCACAUAUGAAGACUUUCUUCCUUUGUCGGCAGGAGGAAUUUUCAAUUCCAACUUGAGUGGAGUCUCCCAGGCCAAGCAACUCAUAAUGAGCGCGGAUCCAGACCUCGAUGGUUUCCAGCGGCUCCUCGGGGAAUGUGUAGCGGAUGAGUUCCAUCUAUAUGCCGAGAUGCAACGGAAAUCAUUGGAAAUUUGCCGACAAAAAUUGCAGUUAAGGGAUAUUAUAGUAUAG